AUGGCUCCCGUUCCAAAGAAGCCGCAGGUUAAGAAAAAUGCUGAAAAUAUUAACACCCGGUUGUCUAUGGUUAUGAAGACCGGAAAGUAUGUCUUGGGAUACAAGCAGACAUUGAAGGCUCUUCGUAAUGGCAAGGCUAAAUUGGUUAUUAUCGCCAACAACACCCCACCACUUAGGAAAUCCGAGAUCGAGUACUACGCCAUGUUGGCCAAGACCGGAGUCCAUCAUUACAACGGUAACAACAUCGAGUUGGGCACCGCUUGUGGUAAGCUGUACCAUGUGUGCACGCUUUCUGUAACCGACGCAGGAGACUCAGAUAUCAUCCGCAGUAUGCCUUCGGAAACGGCAUAA